UUUUUAGAGUGUUUAAAAACGGUCCUAAUAUGUACCAUUUAGGUACAAAUAUGUAUCUUUGAACUGCCAAUAUGUACCUUUGAAGUACUAAUAUGCAAUUUUUGAGUACAAAUGUGUACCGUUUUGAAAUGGUAAUUUUGUACCUUUAUUUCUGAGAGUGUACUGUGGAAGUCAAUGGGGCCUCUGAUCGAUUGGUUACAACAUUCCUCAAAAUAUCUUCCUUCGUGUUUUCAUUGGAACACAUACAUUUUUACAGGUUUGUAACAACACAGAUUGAUGACAGACUUUUUUUGGGGGGUGAACUAUCCCUUUAAAAAAGUACAACUAUAUAAUGCAUUUCACACGCAUAAAGAAUUUUUAAGAAAGUGUGCUGACGCACUUCGUAUUUUGUUACUUGCAGCCUCCACUUCUGCUGUAAGAACGUCAGCUCAUCCGUUUAUUUUUGUUUAAGGACACAAAAAGAUUUGCUCUUACUCAUCUUAAUGGUGAAUUGACGUACAUGAAUUGAACUGAGACUCUUGCUCUCUCUUUGUUAAAGAUCGCACUGCGACUGCGCUGUGAGUUGAUGGAACAAGGCCACGCGCACAAUAGACCGUAUAAAGGAAUGCAAUCAUUCAAUGAUCGCCUUAACCUGUUGAAUUUCAGCCUACUGAAUAACACCGCCGUUGCUUUUAUAGUAUGAACAGACUGUUCUUGGCUGGGCCAGCCAAAAAUGCUGGGGGAUAGAUUGUGGCAUCACUUAAUAAAUAUGCCGAUUGCAAAAAUGCAUUCAAUAACAUUUGGCAUGUCAAGAACAGAAAUGUUCAGCAAAAAUGAAAAUUAAAGGAUUGUCUUAUGUAAUGGGUAACUAAUUCAGGUUCUUUAUCUCUUCUUGUCAAGUACCACCUAGACAUCAUAACAAACAUCUUCAUAUUAGUAUGUACCUCUGUGAAUAGACAGACUAGAUUAUGACAGGAUGCCUUUAUAACAUAUUCUUUAGAGGCGAGAACAUUUCAAUGUCAAAGAGACUUCAGCUUUGCUUUGAUGCGACUGAAUUGGAUAGAAAACAAAGGCGGACGCUUAAGCGAAACCUUGAGUUUCUGAACUGUGUUUCCUUACAGAAUUCAAAGAAAUCUGCAGCAUCUGAAUGAGCCACUGUGAUAUUAGCCUCUCGCUCAUACCACAGCAUUAUGGAGGACUCGACAGAGGUGCGGACGGAUGGAAACUCUUUGCUUAAAGCCGUAUAUCUUUGUCGCCUGAGGUUGACACGCUUGCUUUUGGAAGGGGGAGCUUACAUUAAUGAAAGCAACGAGAGGGGAGAAACCCCACUGAUGGUGGCUUGCAAGAGCCACCAUGCUGAUGCCCAGAGCGUGCCGAAACACAAGAUCAUCAGGUAUCUUCUUGAAAAUAGUGCAGACCCUAACAUUCAAGACAAGUCUGGAAAGACGGCCCUAAUGCAUGCCUGCAUAGAACGGGCAGGGCAAGAAGUGUUGUCCCUUCUGCUGUCCAGUGGAGCAGACCCUAGUUUGGAGGAUCACAAUGGGUCUUCUGCUCUGGUCUAUGCAGUUAACGCAGGAGACAAGGAUGCACUAAGAGUACUCCUGGAUGCCUGUAGAGCCAAAGGAAAGGAAGUCAUCAUUAUUACAACAGAUAAACUACCCUCUGGGAGACAAAUGACCAAACAGUACCUGAAUGUACCACCUCCUCCCAAUCUUGAAGACCGGUUACACUGUGGCCCUGCAUCAUGUAUGUCCCCCACUGAAAUUAAGAUCUGUACCCCUCAUAUUUCUCCCCACACUAACAAACAUCCUGAAAGUCCUCCAUUAACCAAAAGGGAGAACCAAAGCCUGGGAUCCGUUUCAACAGUUGGCAUAUCCAAGCCAGGAUCACCAAUUCAAGAUUCAAGCCCAGCCAGUGUGGCAAAGCUGUUGCACCUACAAAGGCUCCAUUCAGAGCCCUGGUUGAAGAUCCCUCCAUCUGUGCUGUUACAGCAAAGCAAGUCCUCAUCCUUUACAGAGGAGCUGCUAGAUAUCACACCUGAAGAGGAGCUCUCCUUUGGGUACAACGGUUGUCCACCGCCACUGAGAGCCACGGUAGCUCGGCAUCAGAGCAUCGAUGCGAAAGACUCCGCUGGUCUGCUUAGAGCUUUAGAGAAAGCAGCUGAGAGCGAACGAGAACUAACAAAAGACCAGAAAUGGCUAAGUAGGAAAAUGUCUUAUGAUGGUGAAUUGCUACCACACUCCUCACAUCACAAUCUCAAACAGGCGUCCGUUUCAGACACCCCCCCUUUGGACAGACACUCCGAUUGUCUCCCCAAUUUGGCAGUUUCGAGUUUGCGAAAUGUGUUUCGUCGCCGCAACAUCGGAAUGGACCACUACAGUUCCGACUCUCAGUUGCCGCAAUUCGGAAGCCAACCCUCUGAAGACCUCGGGAGGUCCGGAGGAGGAACUGGGGGAACAGAGAAACGCAAGCUUGUCACCAGCCGCUCCUCCACUCUGUCUGGAUCCAGAGAGUCUCUGGAAAGUCUGGUCCAGAGGAGAAACCCUGCCAUGUUGGAACGGAGAGGAUCUGGAGCCCUACUCCUGGACCAUAUCUCACAAACCCGACCUGGUUAUCUGCCACCUCUCAAUCCACAUGCUCCCAUACCAGAUAUCAAAGCUAAUACCAAUACUGGCUCCAACAGUGGAAGUAAGGCUGUGGCAGGAACCACACCCGUUGUUCCAGGAUCUAGACAUUUUGUGCCCUGUGCCCCAAGCCAUCCCAGAGAUCACAAGAACAAGAAGACUCUGCUAAGACGACACUCCAUGCAAACGGAGCAAAUUAAGCAGCUGGUUAAUUUUGAAGAGAUCUUCGGUCAGUAAACACACAUGCGGAAUAAAUUUAAACUUUGAAUGCACUGUAAUUCACUUUGGAUUAAAGCGUCUGCCAAAAGAGAAAUAAGGCCACAUUUAGAAAAUGCUGCGUAGAAAAUCUCCUAAAUUUGAUCUUACGAUCAUUUCUCAAAAGCGUGUCAUGUACACAUAGGAAACGCGCAUAUGCCUUACUUUCAGACGUGAAAUCUAUAAACCGCAAAUGAGCUUGAAAUUGUGCGCAGCUAACAAUUGCAGAUUUCCAUGUAAGGAAUAAUUGACAAGCCAUUGAAUUAUAAGAAAAUAAUGCACACGUAAGGUGCAAUGCGAAGCGGAGUGCCGUUACACUGGAGUCAAUUAUUCCUCUUAUACCACGGUUACCACAAACAUUGCUCUGGUGCCUAUUUUUAAGACAUUUGACAAGUUAGAUGUGCGGUUAUCAGAAAUUAAUGCAUACCCACGGAACAUUUUUCAACCAAUCAGAAUACAGCAUUCAACAGACCCGUGGUAUAAGCCUAAUUAAUGUCAUUGACAUAUAAAAGAGCACCUGUCAAUGUUUAAAUCCUUUUCUAGCAGCAAAAUAGCUUAUAUUUCCAAAAACCUGCAGCACUCGGACAAGCAAAAGUGCGUACGUCUGCUCAGACGUGGCGCUAAGCACUUUAACACGUCAAAGACAGUUUUUAUAAAUAUGGACUUUACGAUCAAAUCUUAUAAAUGAGGCCCGUGAUUUGAUUUGUGAACAUGUAUCUGAACAGGAUACAUUUUAGAUUUAAAUAGGAAUUUAACAUUUUAACCACUUCUGUAAAUUACAUUUUCAAACUGGCCAAUGGGAUUUUAUGGUAAAUUUCACUGUAACAAAAUUGAUUGCACUUUACUGCUGUGUCUUGUGCUGUCUAUUGUAAAUGUCUGUAUUGUCUUUAUAUUUACAAAAUAGAAUAUUGUGACUUGUUGUCUGACUGUAAAUAAACAAUGCCACAGAAAACAAUACUUUUACUUUUUCGGUGUGUGUGUAUGUUUAUACACUCAAUAGUUUAUUUAUAUAUGAAGAGAGUUCAUAAAGGGUUAGGAUGCAAAACCCUCUAAGUGCAUCUGAAAAGCAUUUCUGUAUCAGGCUCUUAUGUUUAGGUUUAGUAAUUUAAUUUUAAUGGCAACGAAAAGGUUAUUCAGUAAUCGUAAUGCAUCAUUUUCACCAAUGUCACCAAAACAUUUUUUUUGGCUAUAAUGGCGGGGGGUGGUGCUUAGCUAAGGAUACUUAGUCCCCCUAUAAUCUUUGAUAUAAUUCAAACAUUGCCUUUGGGGCAGUUUCCUGGACAGGGUUUAGAUUAAUCCUGGCCUAGGCCUUAGUUUUAUUAGAAUAUUUAAGGUGUUUUCACAGACAAACCUUGCAAAAAAAUUACUGUUCUUUCUGAAUUGAAAAGGUAAAAGGCUUAAAAAAAAUUGAUAUCAAUAUAAAUUCGGUAAACCUCUAAGUAAAAGUAAAACAAAAAAACACACUCUUGCAC